ACCAUUAUAGUUCCACACUCACUCUUCUCCAUGAAGAGGAUAGCAAAAGAAACCAACACAGCUUCCAAAAAAAAUCUUCACAGUUAUAAAUUAUUAUAAUUUUUCAGCUAGAAUCACGUUCACCAAAAAUUAUGAUACUUUUUACGUAGUAAACGUGACAUUAAGACAGCGCCACUCUCCUCGUGACUCGCGAGUGAAGCACACUUCUCUCCCUCUCUCUCUUCCUUCUCACUUUUCUGCUUUCAUUCCCUUUCAUGACUCGCCUCAGGCGACUCGGCACCGCCGUCGGAGCCGCCGUGGCCACAGCAUACGGCGGCUCCAUCCUCCUCUCGCCUCCUGUAUCCGUUAGCGACGGGGGAUCGCACCUCGCCGCUGUCCGAGAGAAGAUCCACGAUCCAUUUGCUGCCGUUCCAUCGAGAGAGGUUCAGCGGUCGGCGCUGAUCGGCGCGGGUGCCGCGAGUCCUCUGGAUGUUCUCGUUAUCGGCGGCGGCGCCACCGGCUCCGGCGUGGCGCUCGACGCCGUCACUCGAGGACUCCGCGUUGGCCUCGUCGAGAGAGAGGAUUUCUCUUCCGGAACUUCCUCUCGCUCCACCAAGCUCAUUCAUGGAGGUGUUCGUUACCUAGAGAAAGCUGUCUUUAAACUUGACUAUGGCCAGCUAAAGCUAGUAUUCCAUGCACUUGAGGAACGUAAACAGGUUAUUGACAAUGCACCACACCUAUGCCAAGCUUUGCCUUGCAUGACACCAUGUUUUGACUGGUUUGAAGUACUGUACUACUGGAUUGGCUUGAAAAUGUACGAUUUGGUCGCAGGAGCACGAUUAUUACACUUAUCGAGAUAUUAUUCAGCAAAGGAGUCUGUUGAACUUUUUCCCACUCUAGCAAAGGAGGGAAAAGGUAGAAGUCUGAGGGGCACGGUUGUUUAUUAUGAUGGACAGAUGAAUGAUGCACGUCUUAAUGUUGGACUGGCUUGCACUGCAGCAUUAGCUGGUGCUGCAGUUCUGAAUCAUGCAGAAGUUGUAUCUUUACUGAAGGAUGAUGCUGAUGAACGGAUAAUUGGUGCACGAAUUAGGGAUAAUUUAACUGGCAAAGAGUUUGAUACAUAUGCAAAAGUAAUUGUGAAUGCGGCUGGGCCUUUUUGUGAUUCUGUAAGGAAAAUGGCUGACAAAAGCGCACGUGACUUGAUUUCUCCAAGCAGUGGUGUACAUAUUAUACUCCCUGAUUAUUAUUCCCCCGAGGGAAUGGGCUUGAUUGUUCCUAAAACUAAGGAUGGACGUGUUGUUUUCAUGCUACCAUGGUUGGGAAGGACAGUUGCCGGAACUACAGAUUCUAAUACCAACAUUACCUUUCUUCCAGAGCCACAUGAAGACGAAAUACAAUUUAUAUUAGAUGCCAUCUCUGAUUACCUUAAUGUUAAAGUCCGCCGCACUGAUGUUCUUUCUGCCUGGAGUGGCAUUCGUCCAUUAGCCAUGGACCCAUCAGCUAAAAAUACGGAGAGUAUCUCUAGGGAUCAUGUUGUCUUUGAGGAUCGCCCUGGUUUGGUCACCAUUACCGGUGGCAAGUGGACUACCUAUAGAAGCAUGGCAGAAGAUGCUGUCGAUGCAGCUAUAAAGUCUGGGAAGUUGACCCCCACCAAUGAAUGUGUCACCAACAAUCUCAGGAUUGUUGGUGGUGAAGGGUGGGAUCCUGCAUCUUUUACCAUUCUUUCUCAACAGUAUGUGCGCAUGAAAGUAACAUACAAGGGUAAAGUUGUUCCUGGUGUGAUGGACACUGCUGCAGCAAAGCACUUGUCUCAUGCAUAUGGAACAUUGGCUGAACGUGUUGCUUCCAUUGCUCAGAAUGAAAAUUUGGGUAAGCGACUUGCCCAUGGUUACCCUUUUUUGGAGGCUGAGGUGGCCUACUGUGCUCGUCAUGAGUAUUGUGAAUCUGCAAUUGACUUCAUUUCGAGGAGGUCUCGUCUAGCUUUCCUUGACACUGAUGCUGCAGGACGGGCCUUACCUCGUGUCAUUCAAAUAUUGGGAUCUGAGCACAAAUGGGACAAGACAAGGCAGAAAGAAGAGAUGCAGAAAGCUAAAGAGUUUUUGGAGACUUUUAAAUCCUCGAAAAAUGCUCAAUUCCAUGAUGGGAAGCAUAAUUAGUAAGUAUUUUUUGGCUUCAUUGACAUUUUAACUCCCAUAAUAUACACCUCUUGCGGUUCUGGUCCCUAGAAAUAUUUCUGGUCGGUUUUGAUUCUUCUUAAAUUUUUUUUUCCAGCUGUUACUGUUUUGAAAGGUUUUCUUUUUAAUCCAUGUUAUUUAGAAAACUUAAUAUUCGUUUUCUAAUGUGUCAGCUUGGUUAUCAAUGAAUACGAGUUGGACUACAACCGAAAAACUAAAAUAAUACGGAAUUUUUUCUGAGCUAAAGUGGAAUGAGGUGUAUAUUAUGGGGAAUAAAAAGUUAAUUAAGCUUAGAAAUUUAUUGUGUUAAUUUUAGAAGUUCAGUUCAAAGGAUGAAUAAUUUAUAACCACAUACACAUUUUUAGGCCUUUGGACUUGAAAUGAGGAGCAACUUCCAAAAACAUGGUAUUAUUGCCUAGAGAUUGGGUCAGUAAAAGAUUGCAGCUAUUGUCAGUAGCUUGAUACAUCUCAGAAGUAAUUAUUUCGUGAACUUGUCAAAGUUGGCUGGCAGAAUGCAUUCAAAUUUGUUAAGUUGUCUGAGCUUGAACUAACGUUUUUCUCUUGCAAGAAAUGCCAGUAACAUUCUCUGACACACUCUUUUAAUGAUUCAUCUUCUAGUGGUUGAAAUUUAUUAAAAAUAAUAAAAAUUGUGCGUUUGCCUCAUUUAAUAAUUUCAUAUUAUUUUCAAUAAAUUUCAACCAGAGGAGGAAUUUAUUCUAAAGAGAAAUUGUGUUAAGAGUAUGUUGCUAACAUAUAUCUCCUGAAAUAGUUGUGCUAUGCCACGUGUUUUGGGGAGUUGUGGCUGGGGUGUGGAGAAACAUAAUAGAAGUGUCUGGUAAAAAGGUAAACAAAUAGAAUGUAGCAAACCACUUCCUGUUAAGAGAUCUUUGUUUCAAAUAAGUCUUUCGGAAAAAUAUUGACCAGGCCAUUAUGUAUUGGUUUAAACUUUUCUUUGUUGUAGAUAUUUGGGGGACAUUCUGAAAGUAAGAUGAAAUAUAAAUAUGUUUAACUUCAAAUUA